UCCUCCUCAGUGACUGUGAUGCGCCGCUGUAGGUCGGUGAAGAUUUGUGCCAUGUUUUAAAUAUUUUAUAAUUUUCCAGUAACUUUUAAUUAAUUAUUUUGAUAGUAUUUAUUUAAAGUAAGAGUGUGCCAUUAUGCCGAUUUUACGUUUAGUGUUCAUUUUAUUCGCCUCAUUUAUUCAUGUUUCUCCCAAAGAGAACAUUGAUAUCCUCGUGUACACAGUUGCCACCGACCAAACCAACGGCUUCGACAGAUACCUCCAUUCAGCCAACGAGUUCAACAUCCAACCGCAAAUACUGGGUUUGGGUCACGAAUGGAAAGGCGGACAAGUCAAAACCCAUCCGGGAGGAGGCUUCAAGUUCAAUUUGUUGAAGAAAGCACUAGAAGAACAUAAAGCCAGCAAAAAAUUAGUACUUUUUACGGAUUCCUACGAUGUGAUAUUUUUAGGGAAGAUGGAUGAGAUCAUUAGGAGGUUUAAGCAAACUGGUGCUAAGAUUCUUUUCGGUGCUGAGCCUUUCUGCUGGCCGGAUCCGAAACUAGCGGAUCAGUAUCCGGAAGCCAUUGAAGGAAAACGGUUCCUAAAUUCGGGAAUGUUUAUAGGAUACGCGCCCGAAAUCUACAAAUUAUUAACUAGGGAUGAAAUCCAGGAUACUGACGACGAUCAGUUGUAUUGCACCAAGGCGUAUUUGGACGAGCAGUUCAGGGACGAAGCUCAAAUCAAGCUGGACCAUAAAAGUGAAAUAUUCCAGAACCUUAACGGCGUAUCAGCUGAAAUCGAAAUCGCUACUCGGCAAGAAAAAGAAGGCGAAGGAGAAUUAUACUACGUCAGAAAUACGUUGACUCGUACCGAACCUUUAGUCAUCCACGGUAACGGUGCAGCCAAAUACGCUCUGAACUAUCUCAGCAAUUACGUUCCUAACGUAUGGAACUCCGUGGACGGGUGUAAACAAUGCAAGAAGGGAGCGAUCAGUCUCGGUACUACUGCGCCUAAAGAUUUUCCUUCCGUGCUGAUUUCUGUAUUCAUCGAACAAAGCACGCCGUUUUUGGAAGAGAUGUUGCAGAAGGUGUACUUCCUGGACUAUCCUAAAGAAAGACUUCAUAUUUUUAUUCAUAAUUCGGUUAAAUAUCAUGUCGACAUUGUUAAAGACUUCGUAGACAAGUACAGCAGUGAUUAUGCAUCGUUCAAACAAAUAACUCCAGAAGAUGGUACACCUGAAUGGACAGCCCGUGAUUUGUCGCUGGAUCACUGCCUUUCCAAAAAAUGUGACUUCUACUUCUCACUGGACGCCAUAGCGCACAUAGACAAUCCCUACACUCUAAAACUGCUCAUUGAACAAAACAGAACCGUAGUAGCUCCGAUGUUGACCAGGCCAGGAAAGGCAUGGAGUAAUUUCUGGGGUGCCCUUACCAAAGAUGGGUUUUACUCGAGGUCCAAUGAUUACAUGGAUAUUGUUCACAACGAGAAACGAGGACUCUGGAACGUUCCCUUCAUCUCCAACGCCUACAUCAUCAACGCCACUCUCCUGAGAAAACACGAUCGCAAAGUUCUCAACUACACCAAACCCAACUUGGACGCCGAUAUGACCUUCUGUAGCAACUUGCGAGAUCUGGACGUUUUUAUGUACGUGUCGAACAGACUCGAAUUCGGGCAUUUGAUCAACGCAGACACGUUCGAUACUACGAGGACUGAACCUGACAUGUACCAGAUCUUCGAGAAUGAGAGGGAUUGGGAGGAUAGGUAUAUCAAUGAAGAGUACCCUGAGAACUUCAAUCUGGAGAAGAAAGAUGCACAGCCUUGCCCUGACGUAUACUGGUUCCCAAUCGUGUCCAAAAGAUUCAACGAAGCCCUCAUCCACAUGAUGGAAAGCUAUGGUAAAUGGUCAUCGGGUAAGAACGAAGACGAUCGUCUGAAUGGUGGAUACGAGGCAGUUCCCACCAGGGAUAUACACAUGAACCAAGUCGGAUGGGAGCGACACUGGUUGCACUUCUUGCAAAAAUACGUAAGGCCUUUGCAAGAAAAGGUUUUCACUGGUUACUAUCACGACCCUCCUAAGUCUCUAAUGAACUUCGUAGUAAGGUAUCGCCCAGACGAACAGCCACUGUUGAGACCUCACCACGACAGCUCCACCUACACCAUCAACAUAGCACUCAACGAAAAAGGUGUCGAUUAUGAAGGUGGUGGUUGCAGAUUCAUCCGAUACAACUGCAGCGUCGUGGACACCAAACCGGGAUGGCUGUUAAUGCAUCCUGGAAGACUGACCCACUUCCACGAAGGAUUGCUGGUUACCAAAGGCACAAGAUAUAUAAUGAUCGCGUUUGUCGAUCCAUAAACGGUAGACAUAUUUGACUUAAUGUGUAAUUUAUUGAUACAACGAAGAAAUAUCAAAAUAUUGUUAAUAUUUUCUUUAGCGAAACUGUAUACGAGAGUAAUGUGAAAAGUUCUAGGUAGGUACCUGUGGCUGUAUUGUUGUGGUUUUCACUUUUCAAAUAGGUACUUUUCUCUUUUAGCUGAUCAAAAGGGUAUGCCUAAUAUUACUCAUUAAUUGUUUAACUAUACAAAGGUAGAACAACUCAUUUAGAAUCACAGAAUACACCAACCAUAACUUUUACAGUACUUAAUUAGUAAAUAAUAAUUUUCGUAUCAAAGCAAUGUAUAACAUUAGUAGGAUUCAUCUUAAUAUUACACUAAAAUGUCUGUGGCAAAUAUUAGACACAAUUUUUCGAGUUCCAUGAUAAACUGACUCGACUUUUUGUAAUUAAUGAGCAUGAUCAGUGUCCUCACUCGUUGCUGAGCAAUAAUUUGCAACAAAUGUACAGUAGGAAAAAUGAAAGAAUACCUAUGAACGAACAUAUAAAACACGCUGUAUUUUCCUGUCACCGUGUCACACAAAAAAUUGGCCAGCGCAACUACAUGUAAUAAUUAUUAUUACAUGUACUUGCGCUGGGCAAUUUUCUUUGUGACACGGUGACAGGAAAAUACAGCGUGUUUUAUAUGUUCGUUCAUGGGUAUUCUUUCAUUUUUCCGACUGUACCAACCUAACAACAUCAAUAACGUCUGUAGUAAAACAGUACCCUCUAUGGGCUAGUCUUAGAACUUUUCGCAUUCUCCUCUUAUAACACAUAGCAUUUCUAAUUUUUCAACAUAAACAUAUCUGUAUCAAUAUUGCAUAGAUUAAGUUGUAGUACUAGUCAGUUUUGCUCUCUAACUUUUAGCAAACAACUACUUAAAAAUUUCUAACAAACUGUUGAUAUUCUACUAAGUUUCUCAUGUUCCUUCUUUUCUCUCUUUGUAGGUCUUAAAGUUUGAAACGAACAAUUUUAUAACUAGUUUUAGGAAAAAAUAAACUAUUUUAGUAAAAA